AAUUGUGAUAAAGGGGCUACGAAAAUGGGGUGGGCGCACCCGGCGGUGGCCAUGGAGGAGGUGCUCGGCCUGGUGCGGGGCUUCGUCGACGUCCUCGUCCUCGCCGGCGGCCGCACCUCGUCCGGAUCCGCUGCCACUUGGAGCUCCGACGAAGUCAAGAAGGCCCUCCGGUGGGCGCUCUUCUUCGAGGAGGUUUUCAAGGACCUGCGUGACUCGGGCCAGUACGAGCAUUCUGCAAAUGAGCUCGAUGCAGCCCUCGUUGAUCUCACUUCAAGUCCGGAGUUCCCAAAGGGUCUUGCUGAUGUACGGUCGGAAACGCUAUCCAUGGCAAGUAUGUUGGUUAUAAGACAUUUUCUGAAACCAAAAACAAUGAGUGUAGAGAAUUUUGGUGCUCUUCUUGAAGCAGUUGUUGAAAUGGAUAUUGAUGGCAUUUGUGCUGGUGGUGUGCACACUGCGUGCCAAGAGUACGUGAAGUCGAUAUUGGAUAUGGAUCUGCCAAGUCUGACACGGACCACGAAUACUUGUGAUGUUGGACUUCCCACCAGUUCUGAUGAACUGUAUGCACAAUCCAUGCCCAUGGGUUAUUCAUGGAUUCUAGUUAAAGAAUUUCUGAAAGGGUUAGAUUCAGCAUCUUGUACUUCUUUGGCUGAGAGAGGACUGGAAAUACUUCUGAACAGUGUGAAAAAGAACAGCUCUGAUGAUGCAAGAAAUAAGCUGUGCGCUCCAUCAAUUCCGAAAACAUCACAAAUGAUUGACGAGUUUGUCCUGUGGAAGCAGUGGAGAGCAAAGUGUCUGUCAUACUUGCUUGAUGAAAGGACCGUUCGGAUUGUGUCUGGAGCUAGAUUGAUCUUUAGAGCUCCCAAAGAGCAGUGGAUGAGAGUGUUUGAACCCUUAAAAGGUUCAACAGAAUCUUGUCAAAGUGAUCUUGUUGAAAUCAUGGAGCUAUGCUUUCUGGGUUUGAUUUCAAGGCGAUGGAGUCCCUUGAUAGAGGGCUUCAUGUCGCACACUUUUGAUUUCAUUCCUAUAUCCAAGCAGUACGCUGAUCUGCACCAGUUGCUUCAGGGAGCUUCUCGGGACAAAUGCCAAGAAAAGCUUAUUGAUUUGGAGGAAAAGGAUAUUCUUGAGUAUGCAAGACAGUCAUUACAGAGUAAACCGUAUAUAUUUUGGCUUCUACCUCCAGUCCUUACUGCCGCCGUGACGCCACCAGGGUCAACUUUGUUCGAGAUAUACCUUGCUGAAAUAGAUAAGCAAUUUCAUGAAGCUGCUCCUGCAAAUCAAAAGUGUAACUGCAGAGGAGAUCAAAUAGAGCAGCAUCAUAGCUGUGAGAUUGCUGAAAGGAUUCAAUGUCUCUACACAUUCCAUAUUCAACAACCUCGUCUAGUGGUUAUGUAGUGGCGUUAAUUAUAUUUUAAGACUUGCUGGAGAUUAGGAAUAUGCACGUCAAUUCUGACUAUUCACUUUUAAGUGAGUAACUGUUUUUCCAAGCUGACUGCAAUCAAUAUUUCACAUGUAUGACAGUGAUUAGAUGAACCCCAAACAGCAGAGAAACAAUAGAAUUCGCCUUUUUGCA